CCACCGCGCCAUCCGAAAAAAGCUCGGAAAGGAUCGAUGGUCGCGCGAAAGCUCUUGGCAUAAGGAAGGAAGUCUAUAAAAAGCAGAUCACUCGAUCGAGUUAGUCAGUACGGUUCAGUGCAGCGCGUGCAGUGAGACACACUCGGGUGUUUGGCUGGAUUUGGUGGACAAUUUGUCGCAGCUCAGUGGUGUUGUUGUGCAAGAAAACUUGUAGCAAGUUAGUAUAAGUUAAGUUGUACCGGAUCUUUUGGAGCGGAUAGUGAUUAAAAUGCUCUUACAGGUGCUCGUGCCGUGUCUGGCGCUGCUGGAGCUGUGCGCGGCGGGCUACGUGACAGUUCCGCUGCACAGUCCAGCCGGGGUGACGUAUGUGAACCCGCAGCAGCACGUUGGACUACUGGCCGGCCCGGUACGAUAUACGUCCGCCGUGCAACAGUCGGCCGCACUUCCCGCCACCCUGGUUGACGCACGCUCGGCAGCAGUUUCGGUGACGCCAGCCCCAGCCCCCACCUACUACUCCUACAACCUACAGCCCCAGCCCGUGUUCGGCAAGGCCAGUUACACUCCGGCCGUACAGUACCACACUACAUACGGUAGCCCUACAGUGCGUGUCUACGAACCGAAAUCCUUUGUGUACGGUGUGCAGGGUGCCAGCGUUCCCACUACCCACACCGUCCAGUCCGUCCCAUCGGUAUCGGUUUCGACUACCCAGUACCAUCACACGCCAGCUGCCGUACCCGUUCCCGUACCCGUGACACCGGUUCCCCAUCACCAUCAUGUCGCGGUGCCCGUGCCGACACCCGUCCCAGUGCACGUGCCCGUUCACGUGCCGGUCCCAGUGCCGGUGACGCCAACAUACACCAAAACCGUCACCACCGGUCCAACGUACAUCCCGCCCCAGGAGAAGCAAAUCCCAGUGGUACGGUCCCGUAAGUUUAAGGUGCGCCGUCCAGCAAUCCAGAACCAGUUCUACGAUAUCGAGGAGCGCGUCAUCAUUCGUCCUGUCGGAUCGGCACUGGUGGAGCUGGAGCAACCGAUCUCGCAAACGGAAACACAGACAAAGACUACCAAAACCACCACCACGUUUGUGGAGAAGCGCCCCGUGUACAGUGCUCCGGCCCCUGCGCCGGAAGUUCACAUCGAGGAAGAAGGCUAUGGAACGCGUACCGUCGCAAGACCCCAGGUCGUUACGCAGACCACCACGGUUUACACGGAACGGCCGCCGCUGAAGGGCACCUACGACCGCAUUGAGGCGGCCGCCGCCCAAUCUAAAAAGACGGCAGCAUCUACUAGCAAGGCUUCGGAUGCUGAGUUUAUCGAACUUCAGCAACCCAAUGCACCAAGCGAAAGGCCUUACUUCACGCAGGGCCAUGCCAUCUACCAUGGUCACCAGCAGCCGGCUUUUAUCAACCCAUACGCCACCCACCUGGCGCCCCAUCCAUUCGUGUACCAUCCGGCUAAUGCUGGCCAUCUGCUGCAUCAUGUAGCUUACGUAGAUCAGCAUUCGCCAGCUCUCUUGGCGACGCAUCCCACCACAGCACAUCCGGCCACCGUUUUCCACAUUCCAUCGUCUACUCCGCUCUAUCCCGUCACGCCCGCCACCACUAACGACGACUGCGAUCGUAAUGGAAAAGCGCCUGAGUAUCUUCCACCCACCGGCCAGACACCGUCGCCGACCACACCAUCACAGCCACCCGUGGCCACUACGACGCCGACACCACCGACUAGCGCCACGCCCGAUUCCUACCCAAGCUAUGACGAUGAGUACGACGACUCGAUCGUGAUCGAUGCGCGAAGCGGUGCCGGAACUAACUACUCCGACUACUCUUCCACGGACUCUGAUGACGGAGAUGUUACGGUUACCGCGGCCACAACUUCAGCCACUACCCCGCUCGUCUACCAUCACGAAAAGUACCGCGGCACGGAGGAACAAACUCAGACAAGACUGGGUGGAUCGUCUUCGAUUGAGGUGAGCUAUGCCACACGCACCACACCGGCAAGUGACAUCGUUGCGUUUGAUCCAUCGACCGCUUCGGGUGCGUUCGACUUCGGGCCAUCUUUCCGUGGAUCCUUCCCAACGACUACCUUCCCACCGAGCACCACCAACGUACCGUCGACGGUCGGUUCCAGCUCCAGCUCAACGUCCAGUGGCAGUACGCCACAGCGCUCCGUGACGAUCAUCUCUUCCACCACGCCACGCACAGUUGUGUCGGCACGAUUCAGCGAAACGGGUGACUCCACUUCUCAGAGCACAUCUUCGGCACGGACGGCGUAUGAAUCGCAAAGUGUUACAUCGGGCAUUACCUCGCAAUCGGUCGUUGUUGGGCAGGGACUGACGCAGGAACAGAUCCAUGCCAACCAGGAACAGUUCAUCAAGCUGCUGUCCGAGCGGGAUUCGAUUGCGGAGGUUGGCUUUGGACCGAAAGGAGACACCUCCGGUACGCUGAUCGAUGCGUACGUGCGUAGCCGUGUCCUGUCCGCCACGCCUGCUCCCCGCGAUGCAAAGGAAACGUCACGCACCGUCAACAUUCGGCGCAUUGUCGUGUCACGUCCAGUGGAAACCGAGCAGGAGGUCGAGGUGCGUGAGCAAGGGUACGCGACCACUAUUGCACCUCCGCCGUAUGAGCACAAGCGGGAUGUAAGCGAAGUGACCCCGACCGAACGUGCCGAUCGAGGACAGCAACCGCCGGUGUACGUUAAUGCUAAGCCACCAGCAUUCGCCGAUGAUCGAGAUCAGUAGGUUAGCGAAAUUGCGUUUGGUUCAGGAACCGCACGAGACAAUACCAUUUACGCACAGCAAGCAACAGACGGCAUUUUGUAGGCAGCUUGCCGCUUUUGUUAUAUUUAUCGUUUGUUCUGUAUGUUUUAAUAAAUCACUAUUUUUAUAGAAAAUGAA